CAUAGCAUCGCAUGGCUUUUCUUUUUUUGGUUAACAUACCAUUGAGGAUAUGUUACGCGCUUGUGUUUGGAGGGAAAUUGGUCAGUUAAAGUUUGCAAUGAUUCUUUCACAAGACAUUAGCAUAUCAGGCCUAUGAUUUGUACCAAAAUAAUAAUACAUACAUAGCUAUUACUAAUAAGAUUUACAAUGAGUCGCAAGUUAUUUUUUUUUUUUAUAAAUAAAAAUAUACUUUUUGUGCGUUGACAAUAAUUGCAACGAGUACUGUUAUACAACGUACGUGGUGUUUUAUGCCACUCUGUUAAAGAGAUAAUCGGCGCGUGAAAUCUAUAGCGGAAAAUUGUCGAGAAAAAAGGAAAUUGUAUAAACACAAUUAUGCGACGACUGACGACUUGGAUUGUUAAUGUGUGCAUAACGGCCGGGCAAACGUAGGCUAUUGUCUUCGCGCGGUGAAAAUGUAUUAUUAUCAUAAUAAUAAUUAUAACAUGAACAUCGAACAAUGAAACCAAACUGAAUUGUAUUGUUUGUGUUCUUAUAAAAACUCCAUGCUUGUACUCGACGAAAGUUAUUUCUGUAAACGAAUUCGGUAACGAACAAAAUGCGGUUCGCGUGUAAAUCUUACAAAUAUUUGUUUUCAAUGUUUUCUGUUUAGAAUUAAUUGUUAAUUCGACGCCAGUGUAUAUUUUAUUGUUAACGAUUGCCGUUAUUAUGGUGUCUAAAGUACAAGUUUUCGUGUUACUGUGCUGUGCAGUGACCGCGAUCGUAUCGUCGUCGAUUUCUCCAAAAAAUAUCCAAUAUUCAAACGCAUCUGACAGCGGCAGAUCGUCAAAUAACUUUAGAAGCAAUAGGCUUACAAGAGGAGCAAAACAUCAGUCCAUGUCAAAAAAACAGAACCGACUGCUGUCAUUGUUUACAAUCGUGCAAUUUGAAAACCAACCAUGUUACUCAUCGUCUGGCGACUCUGGCAUUUGUAUGACCUCCGCAGAAUGUCACCAACACCUAGGAGUGCCAAUCGGAUCGUGCGCCAAUUCCUAUGGGGUUUGCUGCUUAUCCCUGACGACGUGCGGUCAAACCAUUCGGGAAAACGGUACUUACUUCGUAAACGCUGGAUAUCCAGACGGUUUAAAUGACACAGGUACUUGUCAAGUGACUCUGCACAAAGCUUCUCCGUUUAUUUGUCAGUUUAGGUUAGACUUUGAACGGUUUGUCAUUUCGGGGCCAGAGCCUAUUAACCACCAGUGCGAUAACGAUCAGUUCAUUGUGUCUGGAUCAAAUCCCGUGCCUGUAAUUUGCGGCAUGAACACAGGAAGUCACAUGUACGUUGAUGCCGGCACUGGUACGAGCCCUAUCAUACUGACUAUGGUAACAAGUGGUGUUCAGUUAAAAAGAAACUGGAAAAUAAAGGUCAGCCAAAUCGCAUGCGAUUCUACGACAAAAGCCGAUACCGGUUGCCUACAAUACUACACCGGGAUAUCGGGCACGGUCAGAUCGUACAACUACGAACCUUAUUCGGGCCUUCACUUGUCCAAUCAAGACUAUACGAUAUGUUUAAGAACCGAACGGAAUUUUUGUUCUGUACAAUACACCGCAUGCGAUGAUCAGAUGAAUAACAGAAGUCACGCGUUCACGUUGACCGGAAACACUCUUGGCCAAAACGCAGUGCAAGCAAACGUAGGUAGUGUCGGGUCGAGUCCAUGCAACUCAGAUUAUCUCGUUAUACCGUGUGUCUCGAACAAACAAGGGCCCGUGGCUUCGGGCAUGAACACUUGUGUGGACCGACUUUGCGGUGGAACUUUAAGUACAGACUACACUACAAUUCCAACGGCUAUCAUAAGCAACGUACGACCUUUUCGAUUGUCGUUUCACACGAACGGAGUAGAAAUGCCCAACGAUAUGGGCAAUCGUGGAUUUUGUUUAAAUUACAUUCAACAACCGUGUAACGCAAAUUACCCGUAAAUUAUGAUUUUUACACACGAUGGAUUUUUAUUUAACAAAUUGUAU